AUGGCUGUUCAUUAUACCACCGCACAUCCACAGUACCGAUUUCUAAUUCUGGUGGCUGUUCAUUAUACCACCGCACAUCCACAGUACCGAUUUCUAAUUCUGGUGGCUGUUCAUUAUACCACCCGCACAUCGCAGUACCGAUUUCUACCUGGUGACCCGUCCACAGUACCGAUUCUGUGGCUGUUCAUUAUACCACCCGUACGUCCACAGUACCGAUUUCCUAAUUCUGAGUGGCUGUUCAUUAUACCACCCGUCUGGUCCGCAGUACCGACAUUAUACCAGGCCGUUCCACAGUACAAUUCUGGUACCUGUUUAUUUAUACCACCCGUACGUCCACAGUACCGAUUUCUAAUUCUGGUGGCUGUUCAUUAUACCACCCGCACGUCCACAGUACCGAUUUCUAAUUCUGGUGGCUGUUCAUUAUACCACCCGCACGUCCACAGUACCGAUUUCUAA